AAUUGUCUGCGGAGGGACGUCUAGCGAUUUUAAGCGAAUUCUUGAGUAAAAAUGUGUUUUUAAAUCCGAAUUUUAGUGCAGAACCCCCGAAGAAUGUCCAGUGUUAGUGCAGUUAGUGUUAGUUGUGCAAGAAGCGGCAUACAAGAUGCGAAAUGAACAAAAAUUGUGUAAUGUGAUUCUGUGGCCCCAAUUUUAGCUGGGCGCCGAAAUACAGGGUCCAAUGAACCGGAAUCGUCUAGAUAAAUCAGGAAUUCUGUCUCCGCCGGGACCAUUUUUGACGCCUAGUCCAUCACAACAAACUUUCCAGCCAUCAAUUAGUCCAUCACCAAUACAGUUACCGUUUCAGCAGCAUCAACAGCCACAACAAAUUGUUACACCGACAGUACAACAGCAAGAUGGUUUGUUCGUUCUAACGACAAACAACACAGCUACUUUUGUAUCGGGCACCACAGCAAGCACAACAACGACUCACGACCAGAUCGAGCAACGUGUCAAGACGCCGAGUCGGAGGUCGUCCCUGACACAAUCCAUACAAAGUAGUCCAAAUGCCGGCACCGCGGUCACAUAUCGACCGAGCCCGACACAGUCGCCGGCACAUCUUUCAACGCAAAGCAGCACAACGGUUCCGGCCGGACACGAAUUCAACACGACAUUAGUCGGCUCAAAUAAUAUCUCGUUAAAUAAGAAGGGCAAUAAACGAAACAAUGUGGGCCAUGCUGGACAUGCAUCAUCGAUUAAUGCGUCAAAUAAUUUAUGUAGCUCGAAAGCGACGAAAAAAGUCAUCGCAAUGUCGAACGCAAACACAAAUAUGGUCGGCGGGAGUCCUAUCGCAAGUCCAUCACCGAUUGCAAGUCCCGUUCCCGGCAUAAGGCCUCCCACGCCACAACCAAUGAUGCAAAUGCAACCUUUUCCUGUGAUAGGUGCCAGUAAUCAAGUGCUUCAAAUAAUACAGGGACCCCAAUUAAUACAACAAAGACCCCUAAUGGCGCCGAGCCAGCAUCAGGUUGCAUCGACGGCAAAUCAACAAAUAAUUGCUCAACAAACAACCACCACGACGACACUUAAGCACAACAAAGUGCCGCAACAAAUCUUGCCGAAGCCAGCAUCGGGCGCCACGACAACCGCCAUGGCCCAAAAUAUCAUACAGCAAACGACGACAACGAAGACCGUUGUAACGCAGGCAAAAACGGCGAUGCCGGUGCCGCCGCAACCGCAACAAUUCAUAUCGACGACGCAAAAUGCCGGCUUGCCGGGCCAAACGCCCAACGGUCAAGCACAAACGAAUGCCGGGCAAAUUCUCCUGCCGACGGGAGCAACGCAACUUAAUGCUCAACCCUUGUUACUUAAUCAACUAAAUCAGAUGCCAGUAAUUGUGCAGCAGAAUACGCCGCAGGGCGUUCAACUGAUCCUGCGACCGCCGGCACCGCAACUUACCACAGCACCCGCCAGCAUAAUGAUUCACAAUACUCGACCGCCGAUGCAGCAAGCGCAACCUCAGCAGUUACUGCGGAUCCUCAACGCAAACGGGACGAUGCAGUUAGCUGCUGCCCCGACGUUCAUCAUGUCGUCGCAAGCGAAUCACCUGAUCCAACAAAACUUGCAGACGAUAAAAACGAGCAACGGAUCUCCGACGAUCGCCCAGCUGCAAGGACAACAAAAUGCGCGACAAGGAACGACCGCACAACAACAACAGCAGCAGCAACAACAACAAAUUGCCGCUGCCAUCAACAAUCACAUUCUCGGACAGCAGCUGCAAAAUUUGCAACUUGCCAACGGGAAUCUGACGCAACUUCAAAUGCCAAAUGGACUCGCACCCGGGCAAUUUAUCUCGCAGUUACCACCGGGUUUUACGACCACCACGACGCAUCAACAGGCCACCACGGGCAUCAUCAAUCAACUAGCGAGUCAGAAUCUCACGCAAAUCGCAGCAGCAGCUGCGGCAAGCCAAACCUUUCAAUCGCCGCCGCCGCCCGCAGUGACGCCAGUGAACGAUUUUCUGCCCACAAUUCAAUUUAACACGCAACCAGGUAGUGGCUCGUCGGGCAACGUGACGCCGCAACAGUGUACGACGCCGCAACCGACGUCGCACGUGAUCUCAUCGCCAACACCGCAACCCAACAAUUUCGGUGGUACACUCGAAAUGGGACAGAACGGAACUGUGAUAUUGGGAGGGUUAGACAAUAACGGGUCAAUGAAGCAAAUUGUGCAAGAAGUGCAUCCGAUGCCUCCGGAGCCGAAAGAAAAUGAUCACAAACCCGCAAAAAAGCCGAAAAAGCAGCGACAACGCAAGGGAGCGACACCGGUGGUAUCUGUGGCACCCACAAUCAUGGCGAGUCCCCCACAUUCGCCGCCCGUUCAAGCAACUGGGAAACUGGAUCUCGCGAAUGUCAUGAAAUUGUGCGGAAUUAUGGAAGAUGACGACGACAUGGAAACCGAAGAAACGCCCGAACAACCGCAAAAUACGACGGAGGAAAAUACGUCAACGACGGAAACUGGACAAUCUCAAGUUGUGGGGCAACAAGUGUCAGGUGACAGUAUCAUGAUAACAAUUCCCGGCGGAACGGAACAAAAUCCCGGUACAAUGCCAAUUACUUUCAGCAUUCCCAGUGCAAUGGCCGAGGAACAGGGACUGAUUCCGGGACAAGAGGGAAAAGGUGAUUUUAUGAUUACCAUUGACCCCACUGUGUCAGGAGAAAGUCAACCUUACACCAUCAGCAUACCGAGAACCGUCAAUAAUGAGACUUCGUCUCAAGGUGGUGCUGCUGCAACAACAACAUCCCCGGAAAAAGAGGGCAAUUCAGUGCAACAAGUGCCCGCAAAUCAACAAGUGAAGCAACAUUGCACCGUAGCACCGACAAUUAUCCAAUCGCAACCCGUAAAUUCCGUAACGUCAACGGCAACGGGCAUGUGUGUGCCAACUUUUGUCAAUUCCGUGCUCAGUUCGAACGUCACUCCGACACUCCAAAGUCAAAUUAACGAGAUUCAGAAUCAACUGAUGGCUGCAGCAACACCGACGCCAACAGUUACGGCUCCCGCUCCAGCCUCCGUGUCCCCACCAAAACCUAAAAAGCGUGCCAACACCAAGAAAGGAAAGAAAGACAAAUCGAAUGACAUUCCUGUGAUCGCUUCCGUGGCACCCAUGAUGCAAAAUUCGAAUCAAGUGUUGACGACAAACGCGACAAUUCCCACGCAAAUUGGCAACAUCCAAAUUUCCCAAGUGGAUGGCUCGAUCAAGAAUAAUCACAUCAAUGCGAAAAAUAUCAAUAACCAAAUACAAAUCACGCCAAUUAUGGCGGAUAACAAAUUGCAGCAAAUUCCGAUUUCGUCGCCGCCCGUUUCGUCGAGUGUCAUUACGACGAGUGCUCCGUCGCCGCGCAUCCAAACGCCAAUAAAUGUGAUAACGUCGACGGCCAAUACGCAACUCGUGCAAUCGAUGCCGCAUCCCAUGAUGAACACCCUCACGCCAAUGAUCACGACAAAUAUGCCGCAGCAAGCGAUACAAUUGCAGCAGUUGCAGCUCCCGACGGCCAUUCAAGUGCCGCAAAAUCCGACGGCGCAACAACUGAUGCAACAGCUGACGGGACAUUUGUCGCUUAGUUUGGCAGAGGAUCGAAGGCUUUUGUUGAAACAUGACAUCAAUACGCCGCAAGAUGCGCAAAGUCAGAUGAUUUUGCAGACAAUUUUGAGUGGCGCACUGGGGAAUGUCACGUUGGUGCACGAGCCAUCGAAUAAGCAGCAACAAACGCAGCAGCAGCAACAGCAGCAACCACCGAAACCACAACCAACGAUGAUGGCACAAGUGCAACCGCAAGGACAUUUGUUGCCGGGUUCGAUUAUUACAACGACGGGCGGUAAUGUGGGACAUGUGAUACCACAGACGCAAAUGUUUCCCAUUGGAACGAUGCAGCAAACUAAUAACGGGCAAUUAACACAACCGAAGAACGAUCAACCACAAACGAUCUUAAUCAACCAAAAUAUUCCAAAAAUUGUCGAGUUACCAAAAAUCGGUCCAAAUCAGCAGCUGUUCUCGUUGAACACAUUGAACAAUCAAAUCACCCAAUUGAGUCCCGAGUCUACGACUGCAGCUCUCGGUCCAAUGGAGCGAUUAUUGAUUGUUCCAAGUGGGAUCAGUCCACAACAAUUGGCUCAAUGUCUCAUUCAGGGACAAAUUCACUUCAACAAUGCCGAGCAAGGAGUUGCUAUUGGCGGCCAAAUGGAUCCCACUAAAAUUGUUCAGAAUUCUGUGAUGCAAACAGCGAACAAAGGACAGGUGAUUGUCAAUCAAGGUGCCAAACAAAACAACAAGGUUAAUUCCGAAUCAAAAGCCGAAAAGCCGAAACGUGGCAAACUGAAAAAAUUAAAGUCAUCUGACUCGAAUAAAAAAGCAGUUGCUGUCACGUCUCCUGUCGUUACGCUGCCAUCUAAAACGAAUUCCGCAGCAAUUCAGCUGCCAUCACAGGCAAAUCAAAGAAAACCCUCAAAUACGGCGAUCGUUUCACCCGUCAAUAGUCAAGUAGUUCGCCAACAACCGUGCAAUACACCCGGCGGAGAGAUAAUCACAAAAAUCGGACCGAAAUUGGUGAACGCGGUGCCGCCACUCGUGAAUAUGUCGCCAGCGGUAACAGCGGCGCCUCGUGUCCAAACUAUUCAACUUACGCCGCAAAAACAGCAAUCUCUCAAAAAUGUGCAAUCCCAAAUUCAACAGUUAUCGGCGCGUUUGCAAAACAAAAGUCUCCUGUCGACCAUAACGCAGGAAUACGAUCCAUCGAAUCCGCUGCAUAACAAACCCCUGCCGACUCUCGAUAAUAUUUCCAGUAUGACAGACACGGAUAUCCAUGCGGCACUGCAACGCUUAUUCAUUGAGCAGCAAAAGAUCCUGUCCACGGGCAAAGUUAUUCCGACAAUUCCGGGCAUCGCCACGCCGCCAACCAUGUCGCCAAUCGCACCAACAACGAAUAACGCGAUUUUCAGUGGAGGCGGUAAUUUGCCGGCCGUUGCAUCGCCAAUUCAGAUCAACUCGCCGCAAGUCAAGCAGGAAAUUCAGACAUCGUGUUCGCCGCCAGAUGUGCAUCAAACAUCGCCAUCCAGCCUCACGACAAGCAAAUCGUCUUCGGUGACCUCAACUUCUUCGUCGUCGCCUCACAUAACGGGAGCAUCAGGUUUUCCCACGCCAUCAAAUGUCAUCUUUGACAGCAUCAAGGAACAACAAAGUACGCCAACGCCAACACCACCGACAAUCAUCAAGCAAGAGAUGAUCAAGCAAGAACGAAGUCAUUCACCAGUUCUGUCGGCGCCCAGUCCGAAGUUGCCACGAGUUCCAAGACCGCAUUUGUUCGAAAGACAAAUUUUAGUGGAUCAAGACGGAUGCCUGAAUCCAGACACAGAAACUCCGUUCCAGAGUAAGGAAGAUGCCGUUAAACGACUGAUCAGAUACCAUUGCAUGUAUGAAAGCACUGAAGAAGAUCCCGCAGAAUUGCUACGUGAGGAUUUGGAGUUUGAACGAAAAGCGAGCAAGUACGAAGAUGAAUACCGAGGAAUGUUGCAAAAAUAUCAAAUGUUGUUAAUGAAAGAAUCAACGAAACACGUUCAAACAGCGGAACUAAUGAUGGUCGAUCGUCUCUUGCUGUCCGAUAUCAAGGAGGAAAUUCUGGAUAUGCAAUACGAGAUCAACACCACUUACAAUCCACCCGUUAUUCCUGCACCUGUAUCCGAUUUCCAAGAGGUUUCAAAAACGCCCAAAAUCGAUCAUGAGCCACUCUUGAGUCCACAAAAAGCGCCACUUUUAUCGCCGCUCAUGAAAUCCAAUUCACUUUCUAGUCCAAUGGGAAUGCUCGCGUCACCGAAUGACAGUCGACUGUUGCCACAUCCCCCCAUGAAUCACGUCAUUGCCGACCAAAACAAGCAAUAUCCGAAUUCACUGCACUCUCCAAUGUCUGCCGCAAGUCCAUACAUGAUGCCAAACUCACCGUUGGUGCAGCAGCAAAAUCACGAACGGUUCCCACCGUGUAUGCAUCAAGGCAAACUUGGAAAGAUAUCGGGUCCAAUCGCACCACAAACGGUUUCACAAAUGCAACAACGUCCACUUAUGGUUUCAUCUACGUCGCCACUUCAGCAGCAACAACAACAACAACAAAAACAGCAUUCAAACAAGUUUUAUGCCGCAAGCAACAACGCGGACGAGCCACGAAAAUGCAAGAAAAGUCAAAAACUGCAGCCAGUCGUGCACAACGAGCCAAAGAAAGAUCUCGAGAAUUUCGAUAUCGAGUCUGAGAUAACGCCGAGCUUCAUCAUGAAAAAUGCCCCUUUGCCGUGCGAAGAUUCGUCGCCUGCCACAUCGAUUGUGUCUCACGACAAUAAACCAUCUAUCGAAAAAAUGCACUCGAUAUUGAGCAACAACGACGACACGAUGCCAUCGCAUCACAGCAGUCCCAUGAAGGACAUGAAUAACAGCAGUGCCGGUUCCGAUGACAUGGACAUCGACUAUUUCGGUAAUCCACCGCACUCGCAAACAUCAAACAACACCUUAUCGGACUUUGAUCGUUUGAAAAACGAAUCGAACGAGCCGACAACGAGAAAUCCCGUCGAUCCAGACGCCGAACCGUAUGACGAAUGGCUGUGUAUCCAAAAGGCACUUGAAGAGCACAACACGCGACCUUUGGGACAUCAUUUGGAACAUCGAACAACCAAUGGGUAUCCCGAGCAACCGACAAAUAAAAUGAAUGACGGACAAUUUAAUGACUUGUUCCCGCAUAAUCCGACGCAACAUGGAACAAAUCGCGAUAAAAUGACGGAAAAUGACAUGCAAAACUCGCCGCCAUCACCGUUCGCGGAGCUGUUUAAUUCGGAGGACAUGAAUGCGGGAGCUGCUAGUGGUUCGAGCAAUGAUUCGUCCGUUAAAGAGACCAUGGGACAAAUGUACGGCGGAGACGUUGAAGAAAUUAGUGCCAAAACUAGUGAAAUAGUCGAGUCACGAUUAGAGGCCUUGUUUGAAGGAACAAACACCGAAAGUGAAGAUGCCUUAGACAACGCAAGUUUCCUACACAAAAACUCCCAAAUCACGUACGAAAUGAUGCAACAAAUGCAAGUGAGUGUCACGGGCAAGCGACAAUGGCAGGAAAAUUGCGAGAUGCUGCCGUCUCCAACACUACCAGCAACGCAAAACAUGAUCUACAACAACAGCGGACCGAACGGUGCCAGCAAUAAGCGUCAAUGUCUCACAAGCAACGGUCCCAGAUUCACCGACAGCAAUUCCGACAACGCUCGCAACUGGAUGAUGGACUGUCCGCAAGAAUCUUUCGAGUUCGAGAGCAUUUCGUCAUGCGAGUCCUCGAGUCAACCAGCAUCAAACAACGCUGCAAAUUCCGUCAACAAAUGGAAUGGAGAUGUUCCGCAUCAACAGCAGCAACAACAACAGCAACAUGCCACGCUACACCAUCAAAUGCAACAAUUGCAACAUCACGCCCAUCAUCACCAAACUGCGACUUCGGCGCAUUUCGAACAUCAUAUGAACAGCACGGGAACCGUCAAUUUUGACGAAGACAUCAGUCAACAAGUGCAAAAUGACUUGCAAUCAGCAAUUGACAACUUACUGAACUUGCAUGAAAAUGACAGCUUACAAUUUUCGCUGGACCAAACGAUCGGAUCGUUCCUCGUGGAUAACGGCAUGACGAACAACAUCACGACACAUCACAACAACAUGCACCAACAUCACGCAUCACAUCCACAACACCCGCAAACGCAACAUCAUCUCGCCAAAUCGAGUCAAAAGUACAUUCGGAAUCCCAUAAAUAUCGAAGUUCCUAAUCACGACAUCGGCGGUUGCCUAAUUGGCGGAAAUCUCGAUGACUCUCCCACGGGACAACUUCAAGUCUCCACAACGCAUCACAAUAGCAACACAAAUAGCGGACCCACAACACCAAUUUCCGCAAACGAAUAUGGAGGUGGCCUUGUUGAUGAUACCGUAAAGUCUAUUAUGACAUCCUGACAACUUUCUAUAGAAAUUACAGCAACGGCUUUGUAACUUUGUUCACUCGAAAUACGUAACUAAAAUUUUUAAAAAGACACGUUUUAACCUUUUACAAAAAUAAUUUGUAAAAAAACAACUGAUUGUGACUAAAAAAAAAAAAGAAAAGACAUGAGUACUUAAACUUUUACCAGAACUAACGAAGAGUAUUGUGAAUCCUAUUGAAAAAAAAACAUCGUGAAUCUACUAAAAAAACUGUAAAAUCGUCGUAAAAUGUAUUUUAAACGUAAUU